UUUAGUGCUCAACUAUCACUCCCUCUUCUCUGCCCGAGCCAUUGUGUAAUCGCGAUAGAUGACGUCCGUAAUGGCAGCAGAGGGCACAUUGGAGGAAAUGAAGGGGGAAGCAAGUUCUGACCUGGAGAUCAAGUUCCCAUUUCUGCUCUCCGACGCUUCUUCAAAGCGAAUGAUAUCCAAUUCGGCGACUGUUGACUGCCUGCCACGUGUCAGUAGCAGCCACGGCAGUAACAGCAUGAGAGGUAUUUCUGCCGUCCUUCUUGCGAUCCCCUUGGGCAUCGUUCUCCUUAUCUCCCUGGAGACCGUGUUUCUCAAACCCCAGCAUAAGAUGCUCUUUUCUGUGCUUGGGGGAUUAGGACCUGAUUCUGUAGCCCCCUCAUUGGACUGGCCAUUGGCAAGCCUCGCAGGCGUGGAUGGGCCGAAGCAGCGGCAGACCAAACCAGAAGUUGUAAUCGUGGAGGCUCAUGCGGAGAGACCCCGUGUGUUGAUUAUCACUGCUAUUCAGAAGCAGUGCACGUCGGUUAUGGGCGAGUACGUAGUUCUACUUGGCCUGAAGAAUAAGGUUGAUUAUGCCAGACUGCAUGGCAUGGACAUCGAGUAUUGUAGUGUCGAUGUCCCUUUUGAACCGCCCGAGGACAGGAGAUGGCACAAGAUUGUGAUCAUACAGGAAAAGAUGAGGGCUUUUCCAGAUUACGACUGGUACGUCUGGCUCGAGUACGACACCAUAUUUACGGAUAUGGCGUUCGAGAUCCCAUGGAAAUCGUAUGCGGGCCAUAGCUUGGUGCUCUGGGGGAUGCCCGGUGCGCUGUAUACUUUGCAGAAGCUCGCCGCGAGCGUGAUAAGCACAAACACAAUUUACAUACGAAACAAUGAAAUCUCGAAGAAGUUGCUCGAGCGUCUCGUGGAAGUAUGCGAGCAUGGGCACGACGACGUGGACUCCGUACUCCCACGCAAGUUGCCUAAGAAUUGGACCCCGAACGAUCAGUUUGCCAUGCUGUACGUGUUGUCGAGAGAACAGGCGCUGUGGAGGCAGCAUACGUUCCUAGAAAACAAUUAUCACAUUUCGCGAUUUUGGGCGGAUGAGAAUGACAGACUUGAGGAGUACUUCGUGGACUGGCGCGGGGAGGGUCAGUUCCCUCCAUUCAUGAUGUCUUUUGUGGGCUGUGCCUUCUGUGUGGAUGCGCCAAAGCGACCCGCACAGUGCGUGGACCAGUUCCACAGAGCAAUUCGCUUUGCAAACAAUCAACUGCUUAGCGUAUUCAAUAUGACCCACAAAAACCUUGAUACUGGAGAGGUCGUUCACCUCACUGCAUCUGCCAGUUAGCGUAGAAUUUGGCUCGCAUGCACACACAAGACACACAAAACACACAUGACACACAAGACACACAAGAGACACAAGACACGCAAGA